GUAGAGAUUUAUGGGGGUUUUUCCAUCAGUACAGUAUGGCCCGUCUUGCACAAAUGCCGCGGUUGCGUGAACUAGCUAGAAACUGGCUGAAUUUUAGGCUCUUUUUUUUGGGCGCUUAGUGGAUGGUGUACAGCCUAAGAGAAAACGAUGCUAGUGUUUAUUCAGGGCAUGCAAAUCCUGCGCCAUUGGCUUCAUCUAGUGAGGGUUUCUUCGGUUUGUUCAGUCCUCCAUGAAUUUCCGUUUGCUGCGCAGGGUGCUUCCAGUUUGUUGAGGGGUCUUGUUUAGGUGUACUUGUAGGCAAAAUGCUAAAUCUCUAGUCCAUGCUUGUUCACUUUCCUUAGCUCCACGAGCAUUCCAAGUUAUUUGGGGAUACUCUGUCCUGAAAGAUGUACUAUCAGUUCAAAAUUUAGCCCAUGGUUUUCCUGAUGUCAGUUGAAUAUGUCUGUUCCAAACACAGACUGCUAUGACUGUUGGGCAUGUCACCUGCAUUUGAAAAUUUUGGCCAUCAAUUAAUAUUUUUUUUGUCUCAUUUUGUUGUUCCUUUAUGCUUGUUGAUCGUUACUUCAAGUCCUUUUUGUAGCGUCUGAUGUAAGGACGUUACUAAAUAUGAAAUUCGUUAUUUUUUGCAUUAGUGGUCUAAGGAAUUUCCAUGGUUAACUUGUUCUUAUUGAUUUCAGUUGGAAGUUGUCAAGGAAGCUUUUCUACAGUGUCUUUUCUGUUGCAUGAGUCAGUUAUAGUGCUCGUAGUUAACAAUGCAUACCAGGAAAAAGGGUGCUGCAAGAUCUUCAGUUGGGGAUCAUGCCAGUCCUAAAACAAGCAGGCCAUCGAGAAGAACAGCUCAGCCUCCAGUUGCUCAAAAGAAAGUAACUGAUCUCAUUACGUCGUCUUCCAAGAAGCAAAAACCUGUUGGAGCCACUUCCAAAAAGCAUUCUAAAGGAGGAAGGAAGCUGUUAGCUGCAUGUGAUACAACUGAUAAUGAAAAUGAGGUGCCGCAAGUGGCCCCUAGUGUUCCCCAUGAUCUGCAGCACUCUGAUGACGGUGCAGAUGAUCGCCCAAACAAUUCCAUAUUCUCCCCUACAUACCAUCAUCACAAGGAUGGCGGUAUGAAUAACCUCUCAAAAGCUGGCUCAUUAGAAGAACAGAUGGCACCUGUUCAUGGUAGCAAGGAAGCUACCCUAAAAUCCGGGCCAAACCUUGCAUGCAACACUUGUGAUGGGGCAAGUGACCACUCUUGCACACUCAAUUUGCAAUCUUCUGGGCAGAGCACAUUGCUUGAAGUGGAUGAGUACAGUGAAUUGGGAAACCUUUCUUCAGAAGUGUCAGCAAUAUAUCUUGCUAUGCAGCAAUCUAAGUUGGAGUGCAUUGAUGAACAGAGUCAAGAUUCUACCUCAACGGAAGGUUAUGGUGAUGCUGAGGAGACUGAGGAGUAUGAUGAGUUUGAUCCAUAUUCUUUUAUCAAAGAUUUACCUGAUUUAUCUAUGGUGGUCCCCAAAUUUCGCCCUGUCCUUCUUCCAAAGCAGACCCGGAGUUGCCCAACAACUACACUAGUACUUGAUCUGGAUGAAACACUUGUCCAUUCAACUCUCGAACACUGUGCGGAUGCUGAUUUCACAUUUCCAGUUCAUUUUAACUUUAGAGAGCACACAAUAUAUGUUCGAUGCCGCCCCUAUCUCAAAGAAUUUUUGGAUAGGGUUGCCUGCAUGUUUGAGACGAUUAUUUUCACUGCUAGCCAAAGCAUUUAUGCUGAGCAACUCCUCAAUGUUCUUGAUCCCAAAAGAAAGUUGUUCCGUCAUCGUGUUUAUCGCGAGUCUUGCGUCUAUGUGGAGGGCAACUACCUAAAGGAUCUGACAGUUCUUGGACGGGACUUAACCCGUGUAAUGAUUGUUGAUAAUUCUCCACAGGCCUUUGGGUUCCAGUUAGAUAAUGGCAUACCUAUAGAGAGCUGGUUUGAUGAUCCCAAUGAUACAGAACUUCUGAAAUUACUCCCAUUCCUAGAAAGUUUGGUUGGCGUUGAAGAUGUCCGGCCUUAUAUAGCAAGGAAGUUCAACCUUCGGGAGAAGGUAGCCACUGCAGCUUCUCUCACAAUGGACAUGCAGAUGUGAUGCAUCCAGUGCUGUCAAGGAUUAUUUCCGCGGCAUCAAGGAGGCAGUGGUGAUAAAUGUAGAAAACGACCUGAUAUGGUGAUUCUGUAGAUUGUAGCAGCAUAUCAGGUUCCCCUCAUGUUGCAAUGUUGUAUGUUCUGGCAUUCACCUUGUACAAUUUGCUGCAGUUUGGCAGUUGUAAACUGUACUUGCUAGGAAUAAACCAUCUUCAAAUGUGAAGGUCUUGUUGCAAAUUGUGUCGCAUUGUUAACAUCA